CUCUAACAUUCUAAUAACAAUCACAAAACAAAAGCUUAUAUAAGAAUUUUUUUUUUUUACCAAGCUUAAAGCAGAAGUUACAAAAAGUUUUUUUUUAUUUUUCUUCUUUAAUCUGUCAAAUGAAAUCUGGGUUUUUUCUCCUGGGUUUGAUCUUCUUCUCCAGAAAUUUUUUGAUUCUUUUAUUAAUCAAUUGUUGUUCUUAGAAAAUGACUUUGUUCUCUGAGCUCUUCAACGGCAAAGCGCAAGAAACAGAGUGGGAGAGAGAGAGAUAGCAAAACCUUUACACACAUACAUAGUAUUAUAUAUUCAUAGUCAUAGAACGAUAUAUAUAGGAGUAUUAAUAUUUAUACGUGUACAUAUAUACAUAUCUACAAGAUUCGGAGCAAAAGAUGUCUGCGAGCUUUAUCGCGACCACGACCGAAUCGAAAUCGUCGGAGACCGAGAACGCGAGAUGUGAAUGUUGCGGUAUGACGGAGGAAUACACGGCGGCGUACAUACAGAGCGUCCGGACUCUCUACGCCGGGAAAUUGAUCUGCGGGCUCUGUUCCGAGGCGGUGAAGUACGAGAUUUCCCGGUGGGGCAUAAAACAGAGACAAGUCGGCGUCGAGGAGGCUUUAGCGCUUCACACGAGGCUUUGCUGCGAGUUUGUCGCUUCUCCGUCUCCGACCGUCGAUUUCAUAUCGGCGAUCGGGGAGAUGUUCAGGAGAAGACUAAUUCUGGAUUUGCCUAGGGCCGUGACGUCAGCAUCGCCGUCGCCGAUGAAUAUUCCAGCUGUUGACGGUGGAGCGAUUUGUGCUGCGGCGGUGAUUGGUGGAGCUGGAAGUUGCUUGCCUGCUUUAUCCGGUGGUGUGUAGAUUCGAAUAUUCGGCGAGGAAUCAAUCAGAGAAGAAGAAAGCGUGCGUGUGAAGAUUAGGAAAUAUAUAUACUAUGUUAUUUAAAAACUAGGGAAAAAGAGGUUUGUUUAGCUUAAAACAAAAAAAACUGUAAAUUAAAUAUUAAAAAACCGGAAUUUGAUUGUAAUAUAAAUUGUUUCUGUGACAAUGUCAAAUGUUGACAUGAAUGCUUAAUUAAUGGAAGUUUUGGUGAGUUACGAAUGGUAAAUAUCUCCGGUG